AGUCGCAAUCUUGUUUGUCGGGGCGCCGGUAUUUCUUCAGUGUGAGCCAGUGUAAUGCCAAAUUCCCAAUCUUGGAUGAGCUGUGCCACACACACACACAUACACUAGUAGUGUGUGAGAGGGAGAGGGAGAGGGAUUUUAUUUCACACACAUAAAGAGUAAGAGGGAGACCUUUCAUUCUCGUAUUUCUUUUGUAGUGGAGGAAGAGAGCUUUUGAAAAUGGAGAAAGCAUUGGUAAAAGUUGGGAGCAUUAAAGCAGGUACAUUUUGGGUUUCCAAGAAAGCCAAAGAAGAGAUCUCCAACAUCUCUCAAGACCUCUCCACUUUGUCGAACACCGUGGAAGAGAAGGCGAAAUGGAUCUUCAACAAGCUCAAAGGAAAGCCAUUGAAGUCGUUGCCCGAUCUCCUCCGAGAGAACAAUCUUCCUGCGGGCCUGUUUCCUCAGAACAUAACAUGCUAUGAGUUCGAGGAGGCAAAGUCGAAGCUCAUCGUGUACAUGUCCUCUCCGUGCGAGGUGUGCUUCAAGGACUCGUCGGUGGUGAGGUACUCGACUCGUGUGAAGGGCACGUUGUCGAGAGGGAAGCUGACGGGGAUAGAGGGGAUGAAGACAAAGGUGCUGGUGUGGGUGAAGGUGAGCAGCAUCAAUGUGGAAGGCUACAAGUCUGAUAAGGUAUGCUUCACAGCGGGAGUGAAGAAAUCGAGAUCCAAAGAUGCAUACGAGAUGCCGCGUGAUGGCCUUCGCGUUGAAGAAUUUUGAAAUGCAGCUUAGCAUAGCAUAGCAAUAUAGCAUAGCAUAGCAGCACCACUGUGGCAAUAUCGUUUUAUAAUAUCUCUCAUUCUUGGAAUCUUCAAUUUCAUUGGUUAAUUUGUUUGGAUAAGCCAAUAAAUAUUGUAAAAGUUGUUUGUCAUUUGAUAUUGAAGAAUUGUAUGAUUUGG